AUGAAAUUUAGCAUAGAUAGAAAUCAUAUGUUCCUUAUUUGUAAUGGGAUUUUGGUAAUUCUUGUCAAAAGUUCAUCUUCAAAGAAUAAAUCAUCAUCAAAUUCAGGAUAUUCCGCUCAUGGAAACUAUGAUCAUAAUGCUCAAUUUUCCGAUGUUAAAAGUGUAGAAAGUGAAGUUUAUGUUCAUGAUCAUAAGUUGAUGGAUUCAGAAUGUGAUCAUGUUUAUGUUGAUCAUGAUGUUGAUGUUGAUCAUGAUCUUGAUCAUGAUGUUGAUGUUAAAAAUGAUGGGUUGUCAAUUGUUAAGGUGGAUGUUACAAGUGUAGAAAGUAAAGUUCAUCAUGUUCAUCAUCAUAAAAUUGAUGUUCAUGUUGAUCAUGAUCAUGAUCAUGUUUAUGUUGAUCAUGAUGUUGAUGUUAAAAAUGUUGGGUUAUCAAUUGUAAAGGUGAAUGUUACAAGUGUAGAAAAAGAAUUGAACAAGAGAUGUGAAGAUUUUAUUAGAAGGAUGAAACAGGGAAUCCGUUCUGAAAGUAGAAAGGAUAAAUAUGUAGUUGGAUUUUCUUAG